GAGCCAUCCCUUCCCAGCCUGGAGACACAGGUUUGUGACCAUGCGUGCCUUUGCCCUACCGAAUUGGUUAUUCCCAGCACUUGACCAUUCCAUGGAGUCACACACUGCUUGGACAUCCUCAACAGGAACAGUUUUAUUGACAGGAAAGGCGGUUUUCUCAAGAUGGAAACUUCCCACAAGGAAGUGGAGCUUUCAAUCAAAUGCUGCUUGGGAGGGUGAAGGGAAAGGAAAAAUGUGUCAUGGGGGGGUUGGUUAAGUAAAAACAUCAUUGUUUCCACACGUUUGGAAUGGAAAGCUUCCAUUUUUCACUUCCAAGUGAUUUUCAUGCUGACAUCUCUUUUAUUCCAUAUCGCCAGGCAGCUCUAAGUGUUAGAGUCUCACUGUCAGAAGGGGAAACACUUCGAGCGGCAUCUCCCACCUUUCCCACCUUCCCUUCCUUUUCUUCCCUUUAAGCAACUGGAAAUAGUGGGAUUUCCUUCAGGCACCAGUUAUUUCACUGCCUCCUUGCCUCUAGCACAGGCUGAGGGCACGUUAAGCUUUCUUUGCAUCCCAAAUUGCCACCAAACCUUGCCCCUUAUCUACACUUCCCACCCUUGGAAGCGCCACAACAGCACUGAGCUGAACCCGGCUCUUGUCCCUUUUAAGUGCCAGCAUGUGAGGAUGUUUGAUGGCUGAGACUCAGUGGUGGUGACCAGCAAACAGGGGAAAGAAUGAGAUUUAUAGAGAUGAUUAUGCAAAGGAAGUAGUGGCCCUUUUUUCCCCCCUUUCUCCUCAUCUUGUGCAAAUUACCCUAUUAUUCUGCUCCCUUAGGAUGCCUGAGUGUCCUUAUUUCUUCUUUUGAGCUAAAGUCACCCAUGCAUUAAAUUAGUUCUCUGCCUAGAAAUAGCUUGAUUACUUUCUCCAAGCUACAGUUAAUGUGGCAUUCUCUGAGAGUUUGAAAAAGGGGGCAAAAAUUGGGAAGAGGGGAGUGAAAGGAAGGAGCAGGGGCAGGAUGGAGCCUGGUAGAAGAUCGAUUUGCUUCCAGUAUGAGGUGCUGUGGGGCAGGAGAGGGGGCACUGGCUGUCACCUGCAUAGUGUGACCGGAGGGAUCAGUCCCCUGUUCCCUGGAAACAGUCACCUUUCACAAGGACAUGUGGAAUGGUGGGGCUGGACUUGGUGGCCCACUUGAUCCUGUCCAUCUCUUCCUGCAGCACUGGGUGGAUAAUGGUAUUUUAACUCCUGGCUCGCUCCAAAUUGUGUCUUGGAUUUCUUAUCUCUUCCAUGUUGAUGCUGUGUGGAGCUCUAACCAAAGGCAAGGAGGAAGACCGUGGUGGGAUGCCCCAUCCCAGUGUCGAGGGCACAGAAGAGCUCCUUGCCAUAGAUGAGGAGGUGGAAGGAUUAACUCUCCGAACAGAGGUACAUCAGCACAGAAAACAUCUACAGGCUGGUCCCAGCCCCUUCCUGAAUUACUGGAAUUGAGAUAAGCAGCUUCAGGAGAAUCCGGUCCAUGCCAAGAGCAAACAGAUGUAAAUACCAGUGUGGCAAGGAACCCAGCUCCCACCAGAUGAGCACAGGCAGUGCCAGCAGCAUCACCACAGCUCCAUGGGAUGGACCACAGGACCACAGGCCAGCUCCUUGCAUCCCUGCCAAGCUCCAGGCCUUGAGGGGAAUGGGGAAGCGGCCGUUGGAGGCUUCAUGGCUAAAGUUAUUUAUAGAGAUUAAUGGCUGUGGCUCUCGGUGCCUCCAGGAACAGAGUCACCAUAUGCUCCUGCUUCCCAGCAGACACAUGUUCACCAUGCACGCACCUACGCGCUGCUCCUCACUGCUGCUUGUGGAGGUGGAUGCUUUAUCCAGUGGAGGAUGGAGGAUCCAUCACCUCACCUUGCCCAAACCCAGGCAGGAUGCAGCGAUGAAGCCACCCCAGGGGACACCCAGACCUGGUUUCAUGGUGACUCCAGUCUUGGAAAACCAUUCCAGAUCCCAGUUCAUGCUGCAGCAGCUCCAGGACCACCAUCACCUCUCACUACCUGAUGCAGAAGCCUCCAGCAGGGCCAGCAGGCAGCAGGAGCUGCAGCCCCACAUCGAGUCCUCUCUUUAAGGUCCAACAUCAAGUAUCCAGAGGGGAAAAACCACCCUGGCGAUGAAGGGAAGUGCAAACCAGGUUGUGAUGCUGCAGGAGAAGGCACAGGCAUGCCCAUGGUGAGAUCUCCGCAUGCUGCAGAGCUGAUGGCUUUUCUAAGGUCAGUUUAUAAUUGAGUUAGAUGUUGUCCCUGUCUCUGUUCAUAAAAACUAUUCUUGGACAGGUCUCUGAAGCUGAAACUGCCAUAAAUGCUGUUAUGUCUUUAAACAAAUCAGUCAAUAAAUCAAGUGCAGAGCAGGGCACAGAGUUAGGGAUAUCCUUAAAUCUGGAGUCAGUGAGGCAGAAGGACCUGCUUGAAGUUAAGCAUGAGCUUAACUGCUCUUUGGGAUGGGCCCAGUUUGCUGAAUCCAGCCCUGCACAGAGCUUUUUUAAUCCAGUUCAUUGCACUUUGUGUGUAACAGGCAAGUUCUUGCCUCUCAACCAACAAGUAACUAUUAGGAAUGUUCUUUAGCAGUAGCAUAAGAGACACCAAUGGUGCUCUGCAGUGGUGCCUGUUCCAGCUGUACUUGCAAGGUCACUGGCGUUUUGCUCCCUAUAUAUAAGUGGUCAACUAAAGCAGAAUGGGGGCUGUGGUUCAGACACCUCUUUUAGAGCCAUCUCCCUCAGAGAUGUGUUGGAGUGGGACCAACACAGCAGCCAGCAACCCAAGAGGGACCAGAGCAUCUCCGUCAUCACUUGUCCUGCACUCCUGGGCUGCUCCUGUUGGUAACUCCAGCAGUGUCCCAGGCCUGAGGGCACUGUUGUGGUGUUGUCUGGGGAUGCUCAGGCAGCAGGGAUGUUAGCAGAGCCAAUGUCCUACCUGGGAGCUGCAAUCACAGCCUCACCCUUCACCACUGGGGAUGUUCAUCCUCAGUUGCCUUUAAC